UGAGGACGUCGGGGGGCGCUUAGACGGUGGUGGUGCCUCUCAACCGGGAAGCCAAAGCUGCCAGGGUACCACCAUGAGCGUCCGCCGAGUCCGCGGCUCCUUUCGGGGAUCGCUGCGACAAUAUGUGACCGGCGAGACGGCCAAGCGAAAUCCCGUACGACAUUUUCAAUGGAUCUUUCAAAACGACGAAUGGCGCAUAGCUUACGAUGAUGGCGACGAAGUUUCGCUCAUGUACGCUAAGUUUGAGCGGCUGCCGAUGAAGGACUUCGGCGCCGAGGUUCGAGCUUCUAUGGACGUCGACCAGUUCCUCAUUCAGGCGGUCCUUCUGCUGGACGUGCAAGAGACCUCACUCGAAGGAAUCGUCGACAAGAUGCUUCACAAGGUACUUGAAGGUCGAGAGCACUUGGCGACUAUAACGGAGGCGAAGAGUUCCCUCUUCACCCACGAGCAAGUGCACCUAUUAUCUAGGACAAUCCAAGGCACCUACAUGCGCGAGGGCGGAGGUUUCGACUAUGAUCAAUCAUGGAUCUGUGCCAUGUGCGCCCUACCGUCCCUGCAAAAGCGUCACGUGGCUGUUGCACGACUGAAGCACCCGGCCAACAUGGGUCGCACAUGCCACGAGGUUCGCUUCUUCAUUCUGGUGCUGACGCCUAGCAAAGAGAAAGGGACAAAGAAUGCCCUGGAGACCGGCCGGACAUUCGCCACUAUAUUCGCAGACAUGGACUUCCGGCAGCGUCUGCUCGAGGUGCACUCCGAGGCUGAGUUCAAGAACGUGCUCCUCAAGCACGCGCAGGACCUGGCUGCCGAACAGAGCAAUCCUGCACACCAGUCACCGCAGCCAGAGAUUGACUUUCCGGCUUCCAGACGAAAACGUAAGAGAAGGUGUCCGCUUGCUCAAGGCCUGUGUGAUGACUUGCAUAGGCGUCUGUCCCAUUACGUUAGCGAUUAUAUUGAUGGUGUGGUUGGUCACCGGACAAUCUACAAAACCAUCUCGACGAUAUUUUUCCUCUACUUCGCCUGUAUCCUGCCAACAAUUGCCUUUGGUGCCCUCAACGAUAACAACACGAAAGGAAAAAUAGACGUCCGCAAAUGCAUCAUCAGUCAGACGAUCGGAGGUUUGUCAUUCGCCAUUUUUGGCGGUCAGCCACUGGUCAUCCUCAUGACUACUGCACCGCUCAGCUUAUACAUCAAGGUCAUUUACAAUAUAUGUGAAGAUUUCGACCUGGACUUCUAUGCCAUGUAUGCGUGUGUGGGACUCUGGAACACCUUCUUCCUUGUAUUGUUCUCCGUCUGCGACGCCAGUAAGCUCAUGAAAUGGUGCACCAGGUCGACAGAGGAAAUUUUCGCUCUGUUCAUCAGCAUCGCGUUCUGUGUUGACGCUGGCCGUGAUGUCUUCAAGAACUUCCAGAGUUACUACUAUUCGUCCGAGUGUGAGCGUCCCUUCCCAUCUACCGAAGACCUGGCCUUCCUGAUUCGUGCAGCCAACAACACGACGGAUGUACUGGCACAAGCGUUGCCAAAUUGCCAUCGGGAGAACAGCCUCUUAUUUCUGCUGCUCAUGCUGGGCACUGUCUGGCUGGCGGUGUCCCUGUACAACUUCAACAAGACUCCUUACCUUCAAGCCAGCAAGAGGGAGAUGCUGGCAGAUUACGCACUGCCCGUAGCUGUUAUUACACUCUCAUUUCUAGGGGCCUUUGUCUUCAGGGAAGUGAAGACCGAACAGUUCCACUUCGACCAGAGCGACAAGUUCGAACGCGCUCACGUCGAAGCCCUCUCGUGGCCGGCCGCCGCCGCAGCCAUGGGUCUAGGCCUAGCCCUAUCCCUCCUGUUCUUCAUGGACCAGAACAUCUCUGCGGCCAUGGUGAACAACCCUUGCAACAAGCUCAAGAAAGGGGCUGCUUACCACCUGGACCUUUUGGUCGUCGGCAUCCUCAACGGCGCCCUGUCCCUAUUUGGUCUGCCUUGGAUGCACGGCGUCUUGCCGCACUCUCCCCUACACGUCCGGUCCAUGGCUGACGUUGAAGAACGCGUCGACCAGGGCCACGUCUACGAGAUCAUCGUGCGUGUGCGAGAGACGAGGUUGACCGGCGUCAUCUCGCACCUGCUCAUCGGGUUUUCUGUGUUCCUGCUGCCAUAUCCUCUGGCAUACAUUCCGACGGCCGUUCUAGAUGGACUGUUCCUGUACAUGGCCAUCACGUCGCUCAACGGGAACCAGAUGUUCGAGCGGAUCACGCUGCUGUUCAUGGAACAGGCGGCCUACCCGCCGAACCAUUACAUCAGGCGUUGCCCGCAGCGCAAGAUUCACGUGUUUACCAUCUGUCAAGUGGUGCAGUUACUGGUGAUGUGCUUCUUUGGAUUUGCACCCUGGCCCUACGUCAAGAUGGUCUUUCCGGUCAUCAUUUUCCUACUCUUGCCUUUGAGACAUAAGGUGGUCACGCUGUUCAUCGACCAGAAGUACCUGGAAGCCUUGGACGGCGAGCACCAGUAAUUUACUACUAUGCAGUUCCCCGCUCCUGGGUUCUUGUACCUGAAACAUAUGCAAGCACGCAAGCGACCGCGCCACACGUAAAGAUGUCGCGAAAAUAUGUGUACAUAUAUAUGCGAGGGGUGUCUAUGCCUAUAGGGCAGUUCUCAAAGUGAAUCCUCCCACUGUCGCCACCCCCGGAACGAAGUCAAAAAACAAUAGGCGUGACGUCCAAUAAUUGCAUUUAUUUCUAGGAAGGUACGGUAGCGCGAAGAACAGCAAUAGAAGGAUGGACACGCACUAUUCAGCCAAAUGCGGAAACACGCGCCAGUUUUGCUCUGGUUGUCCACAAGGUGGUGUCCGCUAGCAUGAUGAGAACGUCGGGCACGUUCACGCUCAAAGUGGCUUGGAAUAUAGACAUAGGGAAGGAAGCUCCGAGCCACCGCAAACACUUUGACGACUCUGCAGAAGCUGCGAGAAAGUUGCAUUUUAUUCGACGGUCGCGGGUAAAAUAGAGCGUAGAGUACCUCACGUAUAUAUAUUUACACGCAGAUGUAUGAAAGCGUGUGCGCCUGCACGUCAGCAGUUUGGAGGUGAGUGCAGUGCUCGAAGAACAACCUUCCCCGAAUAACGAUCGGGGUCUGAUAAUGUGUUUGAGAAGGAGAAUGGCGGUUACUGAGAGAUGAACGGUUUCGUAGCCAAAGUCACAGCCAAUGCCAAGCUCAGUAUCGUUGCCAGAGACAAAGUUCGUGGCCAUGCCACGGCGUUGACUAUAGAAGUGCAGGUUUUGCCAAAGCAAGCCAAAAACGAGACAAAAAGAAACAUCUGCCAGCCAAAGCCGCUGUCGCAGCCAAAGUCGAAGCCGCUUCGGUGACGACAAAAACAGAACGCAAAACUGGCAACAUAGUGCAUUUUUUUAAUGCUCAAGAGGAAAACGAAACCUUUUACUGUAGUACCAACGCGAUUCCCCUUCUCUAGACAAUAUAAGUCAGGCCCUCAUUGCUCUGGGAGGGAUUUUGUAAUUAUGGUUUGGCAGACGAGAUAAUGUUUUGAGGCGGUGCGUCUGCCACUUUUUAUGCAGGCAAAUACACACACGUCAACACGCAACGCACACAAUAGGCCUAACUGCCUCUAGGAACACAAGACACGCUGCAAACGCCUCGUUCCGUUUAAAAAAAAAAAAAACAAAGCUGUCCCGCAACGCGAAGAAAAAGAAACUUCUCUGCCGUAGCCAGUUUUCGACUCCUGCAACAGCAUAGUUGCAGCCCUGGAGUUGUGCAUCGAAGCAACACGCAUCCGUUGUGUCGUUCCUUUCAUAGCUGAAGGUCGUUUUAGAAAGAAACUUUUUUCUGUUUCUCCGCAGAGUGUCGUUAGUUUGUGUGUUAGGAAAAAUUACUAAAUACUUGUGUCUGUAGCAUCUAUAACAAAUGAUAACAGAGAUAUAAAAAAAUGAUUCCUCGCUUAGUGGCAAGGUCUAUAGAGCAAUAGAUAUAUAUAAAUAUAUAUAUAUAUAUAUAAAUAUAUAUAAAAGGUGAAGGAAGACAAAGUCCCGCCCGUAUUUCAGUUUGCUCAAACGCUAUUUUUGAAUUUUUGGGUUAAGAGCUGGGGUAGGAUAAAAAAAAGUGCUAAAUCUUCUUCUUCCAGCAAGAGGAAUGGUGUUUCUGUGAAACAAGGUGUUGGACAGCAGCAAUGAAGAUGUUGAUUCAGUUGGGCCGAUGAUUGCAGAUUGAUUUUGUCGCUCUUUUGAUAUAUCUAGCGUUCUGUUGAAACUCUUCUCAACAAUGCUGUUUACAAAGCUGUUUACUGUAUGCUGUACAUAAAUGGUUAGAUAUAUAUUCAAAUAUAUUUUUUACAAAAAGUACAAGUCACGACGACGAAAGAAGAUGAGUUGUUCUUUGGCGUUGUUUGUUGUUGGAAGUUGAUUGAAGCCACCGGGUGGCGCAGUGUUUAUCGCCGCCAGAUGUUUUGGUUUGUGGCCGGCACGAAGUGUUUGGAAAUGCUCAGAUGGUUUCUGGUUAUAUUUUGUCUUCUCUACGGGGGACUCUGAGAUAAAAGAAAAAAAAAGAAUGAACUAUUUGAACAAAGAGACGGGGGCAAUAAAAUGGGAU